ACUAGGGAAAGCAAGAACGGACAAUUAGGCGAUCGCUGUGAAAAUUUUUAAUUGUAAAUAAAAAAGUCUAGUGACAAUUUGUUGAAAAACUACGUAAAGCGGUGAAUUGCAAUUUGGCGGUCAAGAACGUAAUAUGUGCAAUGCAAUUAAAUGCCAGUAAAAACUUGAAAAUGCAAACCUGUGUUCUGCGAAAAGGAGAAAGAAAAAUUUGAUAAGCGAACAUAAAACGAAGACGCAAUCUCGUUGAGGGGGCGCAGUGCAAAUUUCAACAGAACAAUGCAAAGAGGACGGAAAAAACGCAGUGAAAAGUAAAGCGGACGGAAAAUUUUCAAUUCUCCAAAAACUGCUCAUUUAAAAAUAAGCUAUAAAAGUGAUAAGUGUAGUAAAUGCAAAUAAAUGAAAAAUUACGUUGUGAAUUAAUGAAGAUUUAAGAGUUUUUUAAAUUGUGUAUGAAAUGUAAUUUGCUACAAAAUUUCCCACACGCGCACACAAUCAUACGCACACACGCGCGGAGACCGCACAAAAUCUCAAACAAAAAGGAAAUCAAUAAACGCAGAAGCGGACCGUAGUAGUAGAAGCACAAGUGGAAGUGGAAUUUAAGAAUAACCAAGAGCAAACGGCGAAGGUGAAUAGAGUGCGCGAAAGUCGGAAAGAAAAAAACGAAACGUAAUAAAAUGAUGUGAAAAUGCGGGACAUUAAAAAAUUUCAGCGUGGAGGCUGAGAGCUAUUAGAAACUCUUCACUGAUUAACGAGAAUAUUAAGAGACGCACUAAAGGAAGUUAAUGAGUGUGCGGUUGGUGACUGUGAUAGCACUUGGCAGUAAUAUUUGCAAAAUAAUUAACUAUAAAAAUCAAACUUCGUUUUCAAUAGAAAGCGCAGCAAUUAUAAAGUACAAUUUGACAAAGGAAUGGAAAUGGCCAGUAGUGCCGCAAAUGGGUCCGGCAGCACAACUUCUCGUAGUGGUGUCGUGGGCAAUACUUUGCCUUCUCUCUUUGUCAGUGAUCAUAACGGCGGCGGCUCAUUGGUUAGUGGAAAGGACUUGGAUGGUUUAAUAGCUAUGAACGAUAGCGCUCUUUCGCAACAAAUCGAAUUUAUAUUGCAAGAAGCUCCCAUGGAGCAUGACGAAGAUGAUGUUCACGAUCAUAUGGGGGAUGAUGGUGCUGCGACGAUAGAAACCACUAAUAGCCGCAAUACGAACCCUACCAUUAAAAUACAAAACCCACCGAAUAUAAUAGUAACAAGCGCUUCCGAUUUUCCAAGAGCCCAUGUAGUCAGCAACGCUGCUGCGACUAUUGCGUCAGCACAGACAAUGGCGCAACAUCAUCUUCUGAAUGGCCGUCGUAUUAUAAUACAAACAACGCAGGCUCCAAAUAUGGUUAAAGAAGAAGAAGCGGAUCCCGAGUUAAAUGAUGAAAAUUUACAAGACAUUGAAGAAGAGGAGCAAGCAUCUGAAGCUGAAGAUAAUCAAAUGCAACUCCAACAUACUGAUAUUAAAAUGGAGCAAGAAGAAAAUGUCGAACAAGAGUUUAUUAGGACUGGUAUAAAUUAUAUAAGUACACCUACAAUCACGGCACACCAUUCACAGCUAACUGGCGGGCAGACACAGCAAAUAGUAUUGCCGGCCGGCUCAAUAGUAGGUACAACAACAGGUCGCACUCUAACGGUGCCAGUCUCGGAGGCAUUGGCUCAUUUGCAACGCCGGCCUGUAUAUAUCAGUAAUACUAUGGGCGGUAUGACCGGUGCAACAUUUGUGCGCAUGCCGGCUGUAAUAAGUCGCAGUCCAAUGACUGUUUUGAAUGUGGUGCAACAAGGUGUACCGGGCAGUGGUCCUACACAGCUCAUUUUGCAGGCAACUCCUGUUUCUACCACUGGAACACCAAUGACAGUGGUGACAUCUAGUACAUCAGCGCCGGCAACGGUGCCAUCAAUUCCAACAGCUACAGCUGGAAGCGCAGAAGUAGCUGUAGCCACACCACCGCCCGCAAUAAUGCCAGCGUUAACACCAGUCUCAACACAAUCUUCAUCUCCCUCAACAUCAUCGUCAUCACCAUUAUCAUCUUCUGGCCAUUUAGCGUCUUCCACAGUGGUAGCUAAAAAUACUGCUGCUGCUGCGUCAUCAGCAGUUAAAAGUAAUGCUUCCCACUCGACGUCAAAUGGUAGUGGGAAUAAAAACACGACCACCAACAACAAUCCAUUAACCUAUCAAUGUCUUGAGUGUGUAGAAGAAUUUGAGUCCAAGGAACUAUUUGACAUUCACCGAUCGGGUCACGCAAACAAUAUGAAAUGUGCUAUAUGCAAUAUGGUUCUAAAGUCGCUCAAAAACUAUGAGAAACAUUGUCUGCGCUGCAAGCCGUACGAAUGUCAGAUAUGUGGACGUGUUGUACGUUUUAGGCCCAAUUUCAUCAAACACAUGCGUGUACAUACGGGUCAGCAGUCCGAACGCCACAAAUAUAAAUGCGAUGUGUGUCACAAAGAAUUUAUGAGUUUCGAGUAUUUUAAAGUGCACAAAAAGAUUCACAAUGAAAAUGUGAAUUUAACAUGCGAGAUUUGUGGAAAAGUAUUUAGCGCUUUGGCGUCACUGCGUGGCCACUCCAAAUUACAUUCAGGCGUUAAAUUGCACAAAUGCGACGUCUGUGGCAAAGGCUUUGGACAGCGUUACAAUUUGAAGAUACACGCUCGCACCCACACCGGUGAUUUUCCGUUCGAAUGUAAAGUGUGUAAGAAAAAGUUGCAUACACAGUCCUCCUUACAGACACAUAUGCAAGUGCAUCAGCGUGAUCAGACCUCACAAGUUUCAAAUACAAUAAAAUAUGAUAAAAACGCGGCCAACAAUGCAACGGCAGCGUCAUCGUCCACGAAUGCCACUAUUGUCAAAGUUGAACCCAAAUCGAGCGAUGAUGGACCGAGUACCAGUGGAAUGCAGCGCCAUUUGCAAAAACAAUUGCUUGAAGAUUUGGACGAUGACAACUCGGGAAUGAGCGAUAGCAUACAGGGUGUUGCUGACGGCAAUAACAGUCGUAUUGUUUCCACUUCUUCACUGGCUUCUGCCAGUCACAACUUGCAGACAACCACCGUUGAGGACUCUUCGAAUGAAUCAUCGGAUGCAUCGCAUGAACUAAAGCAACAACAAUUGCAGCAACAACCACUUUUGGGUACACCCACCCGUACCAUUGUAAUCAAGAAUUACAUGCAGAACGAACAAAACGUUGGACUGUCACAACCACAGUCGCAGCAUCAAACUCACGUAAUACAGAGCAGUAAUACAAGCUGCAAUAGUAAUACAUUGCAACAACAAUUGUUGCGAAAGACGCCAAUAAUACAUUCUACAGGUGGCGCGGGCACACUCUCCUCUGCUUUGGCGAGCGUGGUGCAACAAGCCGGCACCUCUCCCUCGCCAACGCCUUCAUCUUCGUCGACAUCAUGUUCCUCGUCAGUGGUAGUAUCCAAAUCUGGGGCACCGCUCUCGCUCGCAUCUGCCGCUAUUGGCACUUCGACUAUACGAAGCACGCGCAACCAUCAGUCUCAAUUCAAUUCAUCGAUUUCUUCAUCGAGCAGCCACCACCGUGCAUUACAGCGCAAUAAUAACCACCGAAAUCACCAGAAUAGCCACCGACGUCGACAUCCGGCGCAUUUGGACGAUGAUGACGAUGACGACUUGGACGAUUUUGUUGAUUCGGCUCGUUCUCAUCAUCGAUCAUUGCGUGUGAAUGGUCAGCAUUUUGACGAUGACGACGACGAUGAGAAAUCCUCCCCGUCCUUGGCCACAACAGCCAUUAUCAAAGUUGAACCGAAUCUGUAUUCUUCAGGUUCGGGUGAUAAUUCGAAUGAAAUGCUCAUCAAAGAAGAGGUAAUGUUUGAGGAUUCCGCAGCGCCUCAUUCGCCACACUCGCCGCCAAGUUCGAAAUUCCGCAUGUCGAACUUUGACAGCGACUUGGUUGAUCAUCAUGUCGAUUUAAAUCACUCGCUGCCGCCAUAUGGAAAUCUAUUUGAUCCGCAUUCCAUACCCGACACCAUUCCUGUGCAAUUGUAUCCGGACGAUGAUGAUGAUUUUCGCCUUGACCACAGCUCAUUGGGACCCUUGCACCAGACAUCAUCGUCCACUACCGAUGGAGAUUUUAUUAAAAAGGAAUGGGUCUAUGGCGCUGGGUCCAGUUACACAAUGAAUGGAAAAUUCGGUGACGAUAGCGAUGCACUUUGUGAUUCGGCGAAUUUCAUUUACGACUGAGCAGUAGCGCCGCACAUGGUGGUCUGAGCAACGUGAUGAUGGAAAUCGAAGAAUCGAACAGGGGACUUAAAAUCGAAAUUUUUACACAUACAUACGAGUACGAGUGCCGACCAGCGCAAGCAAUUAUCGAGUUGCGUACAACAAAUGCCAAUAUUAGCAAGUAUUUUUUGUCUGUAUUGUUAAACGAAAUUAAGCUAGAAACUCUUUAAGAAGUUUACAACAUUCAAAUAAUGGUAAAUUUUGUUAUUUUAGUGUUAGUACACUAAAGAAAUUAUGGAUGCGAUGUUUGAAAAGAAAGUUGAAUAAGUAAAUACGCGCAAUGUAGGCAAUACAAUCAAUAGAUUAUAAUAUCAAAAUAUUAGAGUAGUGAGUGUAUAUAUGUAUUUGCUGAUUAGCGCGAUCUUGACUGAGCGACCAGAACAGCUGCUGCAGAAGGUAGCUUCUUCCAUGACACUCAAUUCACAAUAUCUUUAACACUUAACUGCUAUCUCUAUUACCCUCUGUUUUAUUUCUUUUGGCAAGCACAAAUGA